AAAAAAAAGAAAGACACACACACACACAUACAAAAAACAAAACAAAGCUAAAAUUAUUGGUUUCAUAUCCUGUAAAUGGCUGCAGUGGUGCACGGUUGUGGUAGUUCAAGCCCGCGUCAACAUCAUGGCAGCAAUAUUUCCUGCGCCAGUCUAGCUCAUCGCUCACAGCAUUUGCCAUCCACGCCUAUGUACGCGUCAAGUAAUAAGAUGCCGAAAUAUACGCGUUCAAACGCGUCGCUGAACAAGCAUCAUCAUUUGUACGGAGUUGGAGUUGGCAGUGUGGACCGAGGAGUUGGGGUGUGUGGUAAUGUCGGUACACUCAGUAACUCUUUGAGCCUCACCACACACCAGGCACAAUCCUUCAAUUCCUCUCUGACACCUGUCACGUAUUUGGGUGUUGGUGGUGGCAGCGGCGCCGGUGACAGCGGUGGUGGCGUCGGUAGUGGAGUAGGUGUUAGUAAUAGUGGAGGUGUACAUCAGCAUUCUUACUCGGUCGGACAAUCAGCUGUUACUGCCGACUCAUGCCGUAACUAUUGGGGCCAUCCGAGCCUCUAUCGCGGUGGGCGUCAUCACAAUAAACGCAAAUCGGCUGUAGAAUUAUUGGCUGAGACGAAGCCAUUUUUCAUAAAAUCCGAUACGGUUAUGGAGCGGUUACAUCAAUCGAGUUAUCGUGCUGCAACAAUCGCAAGUGCUGGGAAACGUGGUCGCAGCAGCAUGGAUGGACGUGAUGAAUUGUCUGGUGUUGGACGUUAUAAGCCACCAUGUUAUGCCACCGAGUUGGUUGACACUCAUGAAACGCGUGCAGAACAUCGUUUCAGUGUGCCAAAUACUGGCGUUUCCAGCGCGCUACAUCAAAGUAGCCGCUCCAGUGCGUAUCAGCAUCAUCAUCACCAUCAUGAUCAUCAUUCACACAUCGGCAGCAGCGCACGUCAUAGUGCACCAAGCUCAAGUAGCUUGCUGCAGAAUAAGGUACGAAUGUUGUUGGCUGGUGGUAGUACUGGAGAAACGGCACGGGAACGCACAAAUAGCGGUAUCGGACGCAAUUAUCGUGGUGAUGUUUUGCGAAAAAUGGAUUUUACGAGCAAGAACAGUGGCCGUAGCGGACUUGGCACAAAAGAGCUCACAUCUGUCAGCUUUUCGAUUGACGACGACACUGGCAUACGAUUACCUCCACCGUCGUUCCUUUCUCCGCAAUCAUUUGAUAAUAUUUAUAGUUAUGGCGCUGAAAAUAGCAGCGGUGAUGAACCACUGGUGCUCACUGAGAACUAUCGGCCCAUUAGUCCCCCAGCUGAGUAUGCAGCUGAAUCGAACAAGAAUGAGUCUCGCUCCCGUUACAACUAUCAGCGCUCACAUUCUCACUCCCAUGAAAUGUCCACCAAUCCGAAUUCCCAGUAUAAUAUCAAUAGCCACAAGUCAUUACCUGAUCUGCAUUCUCAAAUAAGUCGUCAUUCGCCGCACAGUGAAAUACUCAGCUGUUGCAGUCGGGGUAACCGUUCAAUUAAGUCGGCCGGAGAGUCUUCGCUCAAUCGUGACUCCGGCGGCUCUUCCGGUCAUUAUACGCAUCGUAGUGAGCCCUGUUAUCGUCAGCAACGUGAUAGUAUUGACCGCGAUAUGUACGCACAGGCUAGUAGUAAAAAUUGUUGUCUUAAUACAAUACCCACACCAAUGGAGUACCGACGGGAUUCGGGUUCGUCAACACAGCAUAGUGCCAAUUCAAAUGGCGCUGGGAUUGGUUAUGCUUCUCCCUCAUAUUUGCGAUCAGGUAUUGGUGAUUGUGUGGAGUGCCGAUGUAAAAGUGGUGGUGGUGGUGGUGGUGGUGUUGUAGGAAGCAGUGGUAUAGGACGUUUCGAAUCAGAUGAUUAUUUCUUCAAUUUUACGACACCCGAAGUGCCGGAAGCAUUUCAGGAUGACUAUACACCACCUUCACCCUCAGUGCCACAUUAUGAUAUGGAUGAGUCACGCUUCUCAAAUAUACCAAGCUUCCAAACUAUGCAGCUUCAUCAACAACAACAAUUACAGGCUCGUGAUCAAGAUCAGCAACAACUAUUCAGCACUUCUGUUUACAGUAGCGGCAGUUUAAAAUCACCUAAGAGUUCGGCAGCUCAAAGUCCCGGCUCGGCACCUUCAAUCGAGGACAUAAGUCCACCACCAAUACAAUUUAAGCGCCAACGUUGCAUACGCUUCAAGAGCCGGAAUCGAAUUUCACUGCCAAAUGCACCGUCGCUACCGAACAGUAUUGCUGCGCAAAGUGCAGAACGAGUUGAACCAUACCAAGGUGAAGUUGAGCGGCAUACAUAUUUCUUUCCAAAGUGUUUUUCUACAGACACAUAUACCUCAUCUGGCAAAAAUUAUGUAGAGCCCCUAACCCAAUCGACAUCAACAGUGGACUUGAAUGGAAGUAAAUCAAGCGAGCGCGAGCACUCAUCAUCAAUCGUACUUGACCUACCCAGUGCGGAUGGAAAUUUUGAGGAGUUGGAGAAAUUUUUUGAUCGCCUCGGCUUAAAUGACGAGAUGUUCCAUGAGAUAUAUAGUGUGCCGAGGCGACGCAAGAGUGUAGACACGGACUCGGAAGGAUCUAGCACAGUUUUCUUCUCGGAUGUAAGCACCGUGGAUUCAAUGCGUCUUCCAGACAGCACCGAAACCCAACCGCAAACCACACAACCAUAUCGACCCUCGGAGCCACCUUCAAUUGUUGAGCGCAAUGCUCGUAUUAUAAAGUGGUUAUGUAAUUGCCGAAAGUUACAAUAUGUUUAAGGGAUUGAUAAAAUAACUGCAUACAUAUAUGCUAUAUCCACUAUGUACCGCGGAAUUAUCAAAACGGAAUAUAUAAAAGGCUGCAAGGGAUUGGUAGGUGUACUCAAAAACGAUACAGAUGUACUGGUUUGGCAAUAAUUACUUGUGUUUUCUGAUAA